GUAUUCUCAAGCCACGUAGCAGUGAUGAGGUUAACGUUAGUCACUACGCUAGCCACUUUUAUCUUUUGCCGCGCGCUUUAUUGAUUUCCCUUGCAGAAUAGUUUGUUGAAAUUUCCGGGUACUUACAUCAGCGACCGUAGAGGGAAAAACGUACAUUGUAGUACGAGGCGAACAUAAUGGAACCAACAAGACCCGAAAGUUCGCAGAACACAUCGGAGGAUGAAGAGGAGACCCGCAAACCUACCAAGCGCACUUCUCGGAUUCCAACUUUUCAAAGCUCAUUAGCUCGUAAAGGCCCUGGUUAUGGUGCCGAGUCUGCAGCAGCCGGCCAGACCAAAGACAAAGCAAGUUUUGGGGCAGAGCUGUCAAAACCCAAACCAAGAGAAAAGGCUUUGCCUGUCCCCUCUGUACGAAUCCCAGGGACUCUCACGGAUACUUAUGCAUUUGGGGACCAUGUUGACCCUGUCACCAGUUUUAUAGACACCACAGGGCAUUCUGCCAGCAAAGAAGAACCUUCAGACCCCGUUCUAGAAGUUCCAGACCAGCUCCAGCGUCCUUCAAUCAGGUUUGACCAGGAUCAGGACCAAUCUGAUCCUGACCCCGAUGAAGAUGCUUCAUCACCUGCAGACAGUCAAGAAGUGGCCGGUACAGACUCAGAGGGUGAAGAUGAUGACAUAACACAGGAGACCUCCAGCAUCCCCGAUGAUGGGGAUCAUGACUUGACUUUGAAAGAGGAGGAAGACGAGUCGUUUGGUGUGGAAGAGUGCCCUGGCGAACCAGCAUUACUGAACCAGACUGAGCUUGACUUGCAAAAUCAAGCAAAUGAUAGCAAUUUGAAUACAGAGGAGAAGUGCACUGUUGAGGAGGAGAAAGUGAAGUCUGUCUCCACGGAGGCAGUGAAGACUGAAGAAGCACUGGUGGACGAGACGUCACAGCAAAGUGCCAAAAUCGUGUUAGAGAGAAACACACAGGUGUCAACAGAUUCCACAGCAGGGUCAAAGAACGUUGUGGAGUCUCUACCUGAGAAAGAGGAGAAGAGACGUGAAGCAAAGCAGUCAAGGACUCCAGAUUCAUCUUCAAGGAAGGCAGAGGGAAGCAGCUUUGUUGUAUUCUGUCUGCUUCCCACCACUCUGUUGCUGCUGGGCGGCUUCGGUCAGCAUAUCUGGCUGUAUGGCAUUCCUAAAUCCACGUCACACUUGCUAGCUCAACUGGAACUGCACUGGCUGGAGGGUCUCUGGGUUUCCCCUGAAUGCUCCUCUGACUGCCGCUUCACCUUGGUCGAGAGUAUUCCUGAAGGCUUGACAUUUCCACCCGAUUCACCGCUUCUACCGAGCAUCUCCCAAGCAUGGAAGGACCUUCUGGACAAGGCCAACGCAUCCGUGGAUGUCGCCGCUUUCUACGUCACCCUCAGAGACUCCGACCUGGGCCUCACCGAGCCCAGUGCAGAGGAGGGGAGACAGGUGUUCUCCAAGCUGAUGCAACUGCAGCCCAGAGGAGUGCAACUGCGGCUGGCCGUCAACAGUCCCCAGUCCUACCCCAUGGACGCGGCGGAGCUGGCAUCCACAGGUGCAGAAGUGCGGCCUGUGGAUCUCCAGUCUGCUACAGGAGGCAUCAUUCACACCAAGCUGCUGGUGGUAGACAGGAGGAACAUGUACAUCGGUAGUGCAAAUAUGGACUGGAGGUCCCUCACACAGGUGAAGGAAGUGGGCGUGUCGGUGGAGAACUGCAGCUGCUUGGCACAGGACGCGGUGCGCAUAUUUGGCAUCUACUGGGAUAUAGGUGACCGGACAAACGGCACUCUGCCGCCGUACUGGCCUGGACGCCUCUCUGCCCUGUCCAGUGCAUCCCGCCCUCUUGUAGUUAAUGUCAACGGUGUCCCUGCACGUGUUUAUCUGUCUAGUGCACCAGCUCCGUUGUCUGCUCAGGGCCGCUCUGAUGACCUCGCCACCAUCCUCUCUGUGAUCGCAGACGCCCAGAAAUUUGUCUACAUAUCAGUGAUGGAGUAUCUCCCCAUGAACCUGUACUCGGAUCCAAUGAGUUUCUGGCCCCCGAUAGACAACGCCAUACGAGAGGCUGCGUGUGCGAGAGGGGUGCAGGUGAACGUGAUGGUUAGCUGCUGGAUGCACUCUCCUAAGCCCAUGUUCAUCUUCCUGGAGUCACUCAAGGUCCUCAGCCAGCCACCUCUGGACUGUAAAGUCAGAGUUAAAGUGUUCCAGGUGCCAUCUACAACUGCCCAACAGGAGAUCCCCUUUGCCCGGGUCAACCACGCUAAAUACAUGGUGACCGACCGCGUUGCCUAUAUAGGAACAUCUAACUGGUCGGAGGGCUAUUUCACCCAGACGGCUGGUGUGGGGCUGGUGGUGAACCAGACUGGGUCUUCAGCCGGCCAAGAACACAAGACCAUCCAGAGGCAGCUGCAGGGUGUCUUCGAGAGAGACUGGAACUCUGCUUUUGCCAGCGACCUGUCAAACGAUCAUGUACGACUGUGUGGAAAGCAUAAAGCAUAGGAAUGAACUGUAGAGGUUGCCUGUUUGUGUUACAAAGUUUACAAAGCGUUUUGGGUUUAAAUGCACUCGUGUUUUAGGUCAGAACCAUAUUAUGUCGGCAACAAUUUGCUUUUAUUUUCGUGUUUGUUCUGAUUUUUUUCUGUGGUUGACCUGAAGGUUUUCAUUUGUUCUACCUGGAAUAUAUGAACUUGUUUGUUUUACUUUUAAAAGUGCAUGUAUUUUCUCCUUUGUCAUUAUCGUUCGUCUUGCCAUUGUCUUGGUCAUACCUUUGUUUACCACUUAUGAUUUGUUUUUCAUGAAAUUACGUCUUGAACUCGUGUUGAAUAAUUGGCUCUGGUAAUUGAAAGAAUUUGUAUAUAUGGCUUUUUGUUUUUGUCCCCCCCCCCUUCACUUAAAUUAAGCAUUUUCAAUAAUUAUAUUUUGUUUGAACCUUUUAAAACAUAACUGGAGAGAAAAAUAGACACGAUUGUCUCAUUAGCAUUUUAAAUAUGGACAAAAUCCCAAUGUGCUGUAAAUGGGUGAAAAUAAAAUGCGUGAUAUCAAUAAAUAUUACUUUAUUUUUA